AUGGAGGAUAUCAAAGUACCUGUAGAAGUGGAUCCAACGGAAGAUACCGAAUGGAAUGAUAUCUUGAGAAGUCAUGGCAUAAUUCCAGAGAAACCUCCUUCGCCUACUCAGCAGCUCGAAGAAGCUCUCGAUGAAGCAGUGAGAAACCAACACGAAAAUAGACUUGAAGGUAAAGAAAUAGACGAAUUAGAUGAGUUGGAAGAUGAAGAAGACGAGGAAUUCUUGAACUUUUACAAGCAGAAAAGAUUACAGCAAUUACAAGAAUUAACUAGCAAGUCGAAAUUUGGAACGGUGUAUCCGAUAACUAAGCCUGAGUAUAAUGAAGAAGUCACUGGUGCUUCGGUGGACAACUAUGUAUUUCUACACAUGACUUUAAGUUCAGCACUCCAGAGUAGGCUAUUAAGUGCGCAUAUGCAGCAAUUGUCCAGGAAAUUUCCAGAGAUCAAAUUCUGUGAAAUACCUGCUACCAGAUGUGUCGAAAACUAUCCUGAAUCCAACUGCCCCACCAUUAUUAUAUACCACAAGAAAAAUGUAUUGAAACAGUAUGUUACCCUAAUGCAAUUAGGUGGAAAUGACUGCAAAGUUGAUGACAUCGAAAAGGUGUUAGUAGAUGUAGGCGCCGUUGAUGAUAAGGAUAAGAGAUUGGUGAUGAAUCAGGAGGAAGACGACGACUUGCAAGAAGCCAGAAAAUUGAGGUUUGUAAAAAAAUCGUUGAGGAGUGGGAACGAUAACGGUGCCAGUGAGGACGACGAAGACUUUUAUGAUUGA